AUGGUGCUCGAGGCGACGAUGAUCUGCGUGGACAACUCGGAGUGGAUGAGGAACGGGGACUAUCCGCCAUCGCGGUUCGAGGCGCAGCGCCAAGCCUUCGCCGUCCUCUGCGCCGCCAAGACGCAGGCGAAGGAGAGCACGGUGGGGGUGCUGGCCAUGGCGGGGGCGGGCAAGGGCGUCAGCGUGCUCGUCACGCCAACCAACGACUUCAGCAAGGUCCUAUCAGGCAUGAACGGGCUGCAAAUUGGUGGUGAAGCCAACUUGACUACUGCUAUCCGGGUCGCUCAACUUGCACUCAAGAAUCGGCAGAACAAGCAGCUGCAGCAGAGAAUAAUUGUUUUUGUUGGCUGCCCAGUAAAAGAUGAGAAGAACUUGCUAGAAGUGAUAGGGAAAAAUCUGAAGAAGAACAAUGUUGCUCUUGAUGUUGUUAACUUCGGUGAAUCUGAUGAUGAAAAGCCAGAGAAACUAGAAGCUCUUGUUGCUGCAGUCAAUAAUGGAGGCAACAGUCAUAUAAUUCAUAUCCCUGCAGGAGGUGUCCUUUCUGAUGUCAUCUUCAGUUCACCAAUAUUAUCAGAAGACCCACGAAGUGAUUCUGCUGCUGCUGCUAGUGGAGCAUCGGGUUUUGAAUUUGGUGUGGACCCAGAGCUGGCGCUAGCACUCCAGAUGUCUAUGGACGAAGAGAGAGCAAGGCAAGAAGCUGCUGCAGAAAAAGCCAGAGAAGAAUCGUCCAAAACUGAGAGUGAAGGCCAAUCUUCAACCUCAAAUGGUAACAUUGUUAUGGCUGACACAGAACCUGAACCAAAUUCAUAUACUGAAGAUGAAAGACUUCUGCAUAUGGAUGAGGACGAGCUAUUACGACAAGCUCAAGAAAUGUCUACAGAAGAUUUUAGGUGUGCUGAACUGUUAGAGGGUGUCACAGAUGAGGAGAUGUUUGCUCUUCAGACGGCUUUUCAGGAAGUAACUGGAACUCAGUCUGAUGCGAGUAAAGUUUUUGGCGAUCAACCAAUUGCGCAAUCACUUCCUGAUGUUGAAUUCCUUAACGAUCUAUCUAACAAGGGUCCGCUGGAAUGGAAGGAAAUAUUGAUUGGCCCAACCGAGGUGCAGCCAAAGAAGCAGCACAAGAAGUAUAAAAGGCAGAAGAAGAAGAAACCAGAAGAGAAGAAGGAAGAUGAGCCUGAGGGUGACAAGAGUCAAUAG